GAGCAGAGCAGAGCAGAGCAGAGGAGGAAUCCGCGCGGUGUGGAGCGGACGCUGCUCGGCUACUAGGACGAGUUGUAUCGACGGGACACGGAGAACAACACAGAGCUGGUAUGAAGAGACGGAGCCCAUAUUGCCUUGGACGAGAGCCAGCUGUGUCAGAUGCUGUCACUGAGGGCUAAAAGCAUUUGUGCGAGCUGCGAUGGGACACGGUGAGGCCACGCACGUGAUGAGAAAUCUCCACAGUGCUUCUUUUUAAAUCACAGUGCCAACACUAGACCAUAGAGAAGUCCAUUAUCUCAGAUUAAUGUCAGCUGUGUUGCGGAGGCAGCCUUCACGCUGCACCACCAGAUUUGAAACGACCCAUGGAGGCGUGGCCUCGACAUUCCCAACGCUGCUGCCACUAACACCAGCCGAGUGAACAGCGAUGCCGUCUAAGGUCUCCUGCUUAUACUUGCUGACAGUGGUUUGCUGGGCCAGCGCUCUGUGGUACCUGAGUGUGUCCCGCCCCUCCACAUCCUACGUGGGCCAGCUGACCAUCCCCAUACGCAAAGCGCCCAAGGCAAACAAGAACGGCACCUUCAGCAACAUCCGCACGCGCUCGCUCAACCCGCACGACUUUGACUACCUCAUUAACGAGGCCAAGAAGUGCGAGGCAGAGCCACCCUUCCUCGUCAUCCUGAUCAGCACCACCCACAAGGAAUUCGACGCCCGCCAGGCCAUCAGGGAGACAUGGGGUGAUGAGAGCACGUUUCCCGAUGUGCGCGUGGUCACGCUCUUUCUGUUGGGUCGCAGCACCGAUGUCGUCCUCAACCAGAUGGUCGAGCAGGAGAGUCAGAUCUUUCAUGAUGUUGUGGUGGAGGAUUUUAUCGACUCUUACCACAACCUGACGCUCAAGACGCUGAUGGGCAUGCGCUGGGUGGCCACGUUUUGCUCCAAGGCUCAAUAUGUCCUCAAGACAGACAGUGACAUCUUUGUCAACAUGGAGAACCUCAUCUACAACCUCCUGAAGCCCACCACCAAGCCCAGGCGGAGGUACUUCACCGGCUACGUCAUCAAUGGAGGGCCGAUCAGAGACAUGCGCAGCAAGUGGUACAUGCCCAGGGAUCUGUACCCUGACAGCAAGUACCCGCCUUUCUGCUCCGGCACCGGCUACAUCUUCUCGGCGGACGUGGCCGAGCUCAUAUACACAACGUCUUUACACACCAGGCUGCUGCACCUGGAGGACGUGUACGUGGGCGUGUGCCUCCGUAAGCUGGGCAUCCACCCCUUCCAGAACAGCGGCUUCAACCACUGGAAGAUGGCCUACAGCCUUUGCCGCUACCGCCGGGUGGUCACUGUGCACCAGAUCUCCCCCGAGGAGAUGCACCGCAUCUGGAACGACAUGACCAGCAAGAAACACCUUAAAUGUUAGCAGGACUGUUAGCACGAGCGCCUCUGGGAGAGUCGGGAAGGAAUCGAAUGUCCUCUUAUCACCUGUUUUCAGCAUCGGCAAAUACUGUACACUGAGCUGAAGGAGCAGUAUUGACGAAGCAUCCGGGAAUUUGCCAGGAGUUUUUAUAGUGCCAAGGCAAACUCCUCUGUACUCUAUGUCCUUUCUCACUUCAAGGUGUUUAUGAGAGCUCAGACUCCCAAAAACAGGCACAAAGUUGGAAACGUGUUUUCCAAAACUCUGCAAACUGUUCAGGUGGUUGGUUGUCUUUGCCAGCAGCACUAUGAUUUUAAUAGGAAAAUACAAGACAGGGAGCUUAGAGGCUUGUGUUCAACUACUCAUUCAUACAAGACACAAACUGUCCCCCAAUUACUAAACUGCAGAUUACAUAAAUGCCAACACACGUCUUUGAACCCAGACAUUCGCCUCAUGGGUUGAUUAGAAGCUCUAAUUAUGAAUGUUCCUCAUGUUUUUUAAGUUGUUGUACUUUCUGAACACGUUGUUAAUAUUGGAUGUACUGUCUGGCGCUGCAGCAGCUGUUGUCAUCGUGAGGACCAUGGUGUGUUUACAGUGUAAUGACUCAUUUAAAUAGACUGAAACAUGUGUAUCAUGUUGCUCUUAUACUAUUAGAGAGCAGUGGAAUGAGGAGCGUUAAUGACCGGACCUUUUUGCCUCUGUAAUAUUCUAUUCAGAAUCAGACAUAUUUUCUUACAACAGAUCCACAGAUCUUUGUACCGUGCAAUGAAAAAGUAUCCGGACAGCGUGAAGAUAUCAGCUGCUUGCAUUCCCACGUGAAUGUUACUUCUGUUAACGUGUAAUGUGCAGUUAUUUGUCCCAGGCAGUGCUGUGAGCAGGUUGCAGACUAUUCUGUUUUCUAUUACUUGAACAUGAAGGAGAACAAAUGUACUGUAAGAGCAGUAAAGAUGAAUAUAACACUUGAGUGUUUUCUUCUUUUCAAUUACUUGAGAUUAAAUAAAGCGCUUUUCUAAGACUUGA